AUGGCAUAUGACCGAUUCAUUGCUGUCUGUAGACCACUUCUCUACCAUACCAUUAUGUCCAAGAAGAGGUGUAUGUGCCUUGUGUGCAUCUCUUACUUCUUUGGUUGUGUCAACUGCUGCACCCAAACCGAGUUUACAUUUAGUUUGGCAUUUUGUGGCCCAACUCACGUAAACCACUUCUUUUGUGAUGUCCCAGUGGUCAUGAAGGCCUCCUGUUCAGACACAUUUGUGAAUGAAAUGGUCUCCUUAGUCUGUGGUCUCAUCAUUGUGACCACAGCCAUAAUUGUCCUAGUAUCUUACAUUUACAUUGUUACUACCAUCUUGCACAUACCAUCUGGCAAAGGGAGACACAAAGCUUUCUCAACUUGCACUUCCCAUUUGAUGGCAGUAAGCUUAUUCUUUGGGGCAGUCUUCUUUAUAUAUGCCCUACCUGGGGCCAUGUCCUCUCCCAAUCAAGGGAAAGUGGUGUCAGUUUUCUACACAGUUGUCAUUCCAAUGUUAAAUCUGAUCAUCUAUAGCCUAAAAAACAAGGAGGUCAAACAGGCUCUGAUCAGGCAACUCAAAAGGAAAGGCUUUGUCUGUUGA